GGUGGUGGUGGCGCAGCCCGGGACCGGCAGCGGCGGCAGGAGCGGCCACAGCCCCGUUCCGCGGGCUGGGAUCGGCCUCGCCAGCGCGCCCGGGAGCGGCGGCAGUUCCCUUCCCGCGGUCCGGAGCCGAGUCAGAUUUUUGGAAACUUGCAGAUCUGCUUUAGGCAACAAGUUUAACCACUGUAGUGAUUGAGGGCUGAGAAAUGUAAAUCCUCCACAAACAGUCUAGGAAAACAAGAGGAUCUGUUCCUGUAACAAUGGCAGCAAAAUCAUCACUCCUUAAAGUAAUACUGCUAGGAGAUGGUGGAGUUGGGAAGAGUUCCCUCAUGAACAGAUAUGUCACCAACAAGUUCGAUGCACAGCUGUUUCAUACAAUAGGUGUGGAAUUCUUAAAUAAAGAGUUGGAAGUCGAUGGACAUUUUGUUACAAUGCAGAUAUGGGACACAGCAGGUCAGGAACGGUUUAGGAGCUUGCGGACUCCUUUCUAUAGAGGUUCUGACUGUUGCCUGCUAACCUUCAGCGUGGAUGACUCUCAAAGCUUCCAAAACUUAAGCAACUGGAAGAAAGAAUUCAUUUAUUAUGCAGAUGUCAAGGAGCCUGAAAGUUUUCCAUUUGUGAUACUGGGUAACAAAGUUGAUAUCGAUGAAAGGCAAGUAUCUACAGAAGAAGCCCAAGACUGGUGCAGGAAUAAUGGCAACCAUCCCUAUUUUGAAACCAGUGCAAAAGAUGCCACUAAUGUUGCAGCAGCCUUUGAAGAAGCUGUUAGAAGAGUUCUAGCCUCUGAAGAUAGAUCAGAUCACUUUAUUCAAACAGAUACAGUAAACCUUCAUCGGAAACCGAAGCCCAGCUCUUCUUGUUGUUGACUUAAAUUUAUUUUUGCCAAAUUACUGUUGACUAGCUUGUUCUGUAAAAGAAUGGAGAAGGUGUAGUAGAUAGAAUAACAAAUGGGUUUCACUCUAAUAUUAAAAUCGUAAUAUUCUGCUGCUUUCAUGGGAGAGAAAAAGAAAAAUCUCCAUUCAUGAGUGACCUGUUAUUGAAUUAGUGAUGCUUUCUGUUCAGGAAGACAUCAAGGAAGAAAAUAAUAUAAGAAUGUAAUUUGCCAACUUUAUUCAAAUGAUAAAUACUUUGAAUAUAAUUAAAACUUGAAAGUUCUAGAAGCACUACUUUGGAGAAGCUGUUCUGGAAUUCAGGCACAAAGAUACUUUUAUAUGUGUAUAUUUUUAUGAAAUCGGCAUUCCACUUUUGUUUCCUUAGAUGUCAGUUUCUUAACAAUGCUAGAUAUUAAACUUCAGUCUCACUACA